AUGGUGGCUGUUAACGCAACUCUUGAAGAAUUGGAUGUAUGCAACAACAAUAUGAGUGAAGAGGGAGGGAAACGAAUUGUGGAAGCAGUACAGCACAAUAAGACUUUGAAAAAGUUUGAUCUGCGAAUGACUAGAAUUGAUUUUAAAAUUGGCCUUCAAAUUCAGGAAUUGAUUGACGGAAACAAGAAACAUACACGAGGACAUGUAAAAUCCUUGAAAAAAAUAGUUGACGGAUUCAGAGUGGACGAAGAUCUUAUAACUGAAUUGAGAAAUAUCUUUUUAUAA